UACAGGAAGGGCUACUUUGUUGAUCUGCCAUUUUUCUCGGCUGCUUAAGUUUUUAAAAAGGAAGUAGAGAAACGGUCUGAGAUGUCCUUCAGUUCUGAAUAUGUUUCACAUUUUGGUGAAAACAAAGGGACUGAAAAAGGCCCCAGGUCCAAAUCUCCCCCGCAUACCUACCCCAGACAUCCUUCAGCAGACGUUUCUCUUCAGCUGCAACCAUUUACACCUGAAUUGGUUGAAAAUUGUGACAAGGAUGAAUAUCGGUUUUUCUGCCCUCAUGCGGGUCAGUUUAUGUGCAACUUGACCAACAUUGUGUUUGAGAUGGAAAGUGAAGGGGAAGUGAAGUACAAAAUAAUGGACUGGGACAGCUGGCUCCUAAACAAAUUACCCCGAAAGGAACCUGCAGGGCCUCUGUACAAUAUUGAUGGCCCAGAAGAUUCAAUCCGUCGUCUUCACUUCCCACAUUGUGAGAUCGGUAAAGGCAAAGCAAAACUGACUGUAGCACAUGUGACUAAUGAUGAUGUGGAGGUCAUUCAGCCGACAAUAGUGACAGACACACAUGUGAUCAUAAAUGUUCAGAGUCUCUCCCUCUUUGGUUUAAUUUUCCCAUGUAAUAAAGCUUCCAUCAGAGCCCAGGUUCUUCUGUUCUACAGAAAAAGGACAGAGCACUACAACAGUAAACUACACAUCCACCUGUUGCCAGCAAAUGUGCCAGUUAAAGAGGUGCAGAAACAGCACCCACGCUUCAUGUACAUCGAAACAACCUCUAGUUGUUUUCUGACCCGAAGACAAAAUUACAGGCUGUGCUAUAGAAAUAAUACUGAAAAUUCUGUACUCCAACCAGAGGUAGUGAAAUUCCAACUGGACUGUGGCCCCAACUAUCACCCCACAUUUGAGAUUUUGAACAUCGAGACCUCUGAAGUCACAUUAACUCUUUUGGAUAAAAAAGGCAAGGAAGUGUGGACACGAUAUAUAGUCCUGCUUCCAGGUACAGAACUAGACCCACCCAACCUGGAUACAACAGUUAUUUUAGGUGCUGACUUUGUGGAUCAACACAGAGAAACACUCAUUCAGAGAGUUCCAGCUGUAAUGGAGGUUGCAGACUGUCUGGAAAGCAAGAAACUCAUUACUAAGGAAAUGUACCAGAAUAUUCAGGCAAAGCCAACACCUCAGGAUAAAAUGAGAGAAAUGUACAUAUGUCUCGACUCAGCAGGAAGAGCUGCAAAGCAAGAAUUCUAUAACAUCCUUGAAAUGAACCACAAAUUCUUAGUAGAUGAAUUGAAGUCAGGUCAGGCUUAGUGAACACCUACUAAAAUAAAUCACACACUCGGACUAAAUAACACACCCUAAAGAUCCCUGUGGACAACGUGUGGUUUCCAAUAUCUCUUUGUGAUCAUUAUAAAUCUACAAUUAUUUCAUUAUUACUUAAAUUGUUUACUUGUGUACUAUGAACUUAUAAAAAACAUAAACUAUAUACUAUAUAAAAAUAUAUCUUCUAACUUUAAUUUUAAAUCAUUUACACACUUGUUAUCACGUGAUUGUUCAAAUAUUUUGUUUCAAAUAUGGUUUGAGUUCCUAUCUACAUUUAUUUAUUGUAGAUUAUAAGGGAAAUUUUAAAGGUUUUUAUCUGAUAUUUUUAGAGCAGGGGUGUUAAACUCAAGCGACAUCUUAUAUGUUUACGCCUCCAUUUUCCCCUUAGUGGAAGUCUAACAUCAGCAGCCAUGUGUUUGACCCCCUGCCUAUUUUUUUAAAGCUAGUUACAAAUACAUGCAUUGUAUUUCAUUUAAUUAUAAUAUUGAUAUUUUGAAAAUGAUUUUUUUUUUAAAAAUAUCUUCACUUUAAGCUCUCUAAUGCUCGAUGGCUAUAAUCUGUUCUCUGCCUAUAUAUCAGAAAUGUUAUGGAUUCAAGGAUUUACUGUCUGAUUCUACUGGAAGAUGGUCAUCUUAAAAGAACUAGAUUUUAAAAUAAAGAAGAAUAAAAUCAAAUAAACUUUCA